AUGAAACUCAUUCGGGUAUAUGCACCAACAUCAAGCAGACCAGAUGAAGAAGUAGAACAACUGUAUGAAGAAGUACAACGUCAGUUGACAACAGACUGCCACUACUACAUAGUCAUGGGUGAUUUCAACGCCAAGAUCGGGAUAAAGUCAGACGAACAAGAGCGUGCCACAGGGAAAUUUGGCAGCGGAGAGAGGAAUGAAAGAGGAGACUUACUGAUUGAAUGGGCGACAGCAAAUAACUUGAAGAUCAUGAAUACCGUCUACAAGAAGAAGAUAUCAAGAAGAUGGACAUGGCAAAGCCCAGAUGGAUGUACAAGAAACGAAAUUGAUUACAUCAUGACAAACAGACCGAACAUCUUCACGGAUGUGAAAGUGCUAAACAGACUGGAUGCGGGCAGUGACCACAGAGCAGUUAUUGGAGUGAUUAGGAUCAAUGUCAGAAAGGACAGACAGAAAUGCCUGUCAAAUCCACCAAAGAGACUUAGUAUCGAGCAACUGGUCAUAAAGAAAGACGAAUUCCAAAUCCUCCUAACAAACAGAUUCAGUGCACUAGAGCUAGAAGGUGAAGAUGUAGUAGAUGAAAUGAACGAUAGAAUAACGACCACCAUCCUAGAAUGUGCAUCAGAAGUCGCACCGGCUAGUAAAAAUGAAGGACUCAAAGCUCUCAACAGAAACGAGGAUUCUCAUGAGGAAAACGGAGGUAAACAACAACAGGGACAUCAGAAACAACAUCGAAUAUGCAGAGCUGGAUAA